AUGUUGAAUAUUUUUAAUAUAAUUUUCUUGUUGUUUUUAAUAAACAUAUAUAUAUGUGAAGCCAAUGGAACACUCUCUGAAAAUAUUGAAAGUGCUGAAGAGAUAGAUGCUUUAAAAACGAAUUUAAGAAAUGGAUAUUUAAAUAAUACUUAUUUUAAUGAAGAAAACAAUAAUUUAAAUAUAGAAAAUGAAAUAAAUAAUACAAAUUAUAAUGAAGUAACAGAAGAAACUAAAGAAGAAUUAUAUGAUAUAAAUGAAAAUAUUUUCCCUGAUUAUUUUUUUCUUGAUAUCUUUACUGAAAAUAAAGAACAAAAAAAUGAAGAAGUACCAAUGAAAAUAGAAGUAGUAAAUGAUGGAGAAGAAGUAAAAACAGAAUAUGUAUCUGAAAAAAAUGAGGAAGUAGAAAAUAAAUCGGAAACUGAAAUAGGUGAAGAAUUAACUGAAAAAGUAGAUGAAAAAGUACCUGAAGAAGUAGCUGAAGAAUUAGUUGAAAAAGUAGAUGAAGAAGUAGCUGAAGAAUUAGUUGAAAAAGUAGAUGAAAAAGUAGCUGAAGAAGUAGAUCAAAAAGUAGAUGAAGAAGUAACUGAAGAAUUAAUUGAAAAAGUAGAUGAAGAAGUAACUGAAGAAUUAAUUGAAAAAGUAGAUGAAGAAGUUGCUGAAGAAUUAAUUGAAAAAGUAGAUGAAGAAGUUGCUGAAGAAUUAAUUGAAAAGGUAGCUGAUGAAUUAAUUGAAAAAGUAGAUGAAGAAGUUGCUGAAGAAUUAAUUGAAAAGGUAGCUGAUGAAUUAGUUGAAAAAGUAGCUGAAGAAUUAGUUGAAAAAGUAGAUGAAGAAGUAGCUGAAGAAUUAGUUGAAAAAGUAGAUGAAAAAGUAGCUGAAGAAGUAGAUCAAAAAGUAGAUGAAGAAGUAACUGAAGAAUUAAUUGAAAAAGUAGAUGAAGAAGUAACUGAAGAAUUAAUUGAAAAAGUAGAUGAAGAAGUUGCUGAAGAAUUAAUUGAAAAAGUAGAUGAAGAAGUUGCUGAAGAAUUAAUUGAAAAGGUAGCUGAUGAAUUAGUUGAAAAAGUAGCUGAAGAAUUAGUUGAAAAAGUAGAUGAACAAGUAGCUGAAGAAUUAGUUGAAAAAGUAGAUGAACAAGUAGCUGAAGAAUUAGUUGAAAAAGUAGAUGAACAAGUAGUUGAAGAAGUAGCUGAAGAAGUAGCUGAAGAAGUAGUUGAAGAAGGUGAAAAAGUACCUGAAGAAGUAGCUGAAGAAGUAGCUGAAGAAGUAGCUGAAGAAGUAGCUGAAGAAGUAGCUGAAGAAUUAGUUGAAAAAGUAGAUGAAGAAGUAGCUGAAAAAGUAGUUGAAGAAGAAGGUGAAAAAGUACCUGAAGAAGUAGUUGAAGAAGUAGAUGAAGAAGUAGCUGAAAAAGUAGUUGAAGAAGAAGGUGAAAAAGUACUUGAAGAAGUAAUUGAAGAAGUAGUUGAAGAAGUAGCCGAAGAAGUAGCUGAAAAAGUAGUUGAAGAACAAGGUGAAAAAGUAAACAAAAAUGAUUUAAAUGAUGCAUCUUCCGAGGAAAUUAAGGAUUCUAGUGAUUUUAAAGAAUCUCAUGAGGAAUUAUUUAAAGUUUUCCUGGAGUUAAUUAAUAAAAACGAUUUAGUUAAAGAAAAUUUAAAAAAGAUUACAAACAAUUUAAAUGAAAUGCAUUUAAGCACUUUAUAUCCAUAA